AUGAUCCUUAAUGAGGUCAUGAUCGAUGGUGCCGCAGUAACCUGGGACGACAUUGCUGGUCUCUCGUUUGCAAAACAAGCACUCAAGGAGAUUGUUAUUUUACCCGCGCUACGUCCGGAACUUUUUACAGGAUUGAGAGCGCCAGCCAAGGGAGUAUUAUUAUUUGGACCUCCUGGCACCGGCAAGACAAUGCUCGCCAAAGCAGUAGCACAGGAGUCUAAAGCAACGUUCUUUUCCAUCAGUGCCAGCUCACUCACAUCUAAGUUUGUGGGAGAAUCAGAAAAAUUAGUCAGGACACUCUUUGCCAUCGCCCGAGAACUUCAACCAUCUGUCAUUUUCAUUGAUGAAGUUGACUCUAUACUGACUGAGCGUUCCGAAAGUGAGCAUGAAGCCAGUAGAAGGCUCAAGACAGAGUUUUUAUUACAGUUCGAUGGCACAGGCUCCAAUUCUGACGACCGUGUUCUCGUAAUGGGCGCUACUAACAGACCCCAGGAGCUUGACGAAGCUGCAAGGAGACGAUUUGUAAAGCGUAUUUAUAUCCCUCUGCCAGAGUCGGAAACACGUUGUGGACUAUUGACAAAACUUUUAAGUGGACAGGACUACCAUAUUUCAGCUAAAGAGAUGCAGCAACUUGUGAUGCAAACUGAAGGAUAUUCUGGAUCUGAUUUGACGGCCCUGGCCAAGGAUGCAGCCUUGGGACCAUUACGGUCAUUAGGGGAAACAUUGCUUGAAACGCCUGCAGAUCAAGUGCGGCCAAUCCUAUACCAGGAUUUUGUUCAGGCAUUAAAAACGAUCCGUCCUUCUGUUAGCCCACAAAGCCUGCAGGCCUAUGAAGAAUGGAAUCGUGAAUUCGGUGCAGGUAUAAGAGGAUAG